AUGGCGGGGUGGGGCGAUACCUGCCUUUCUCCUAGUGUCAUCGAAGGAAGGUUUUCAAUUCCCGUCAUAUUUGAUGAUCAUGCUCAUGUUUCAUCAUUGAGGGAUGAUCUCCCUACCGUCCUGAGCAGGUUUGGAGGAACCACCCCGAAAACCUCUCGGAAGGAUUUCGUCAUCGAAAAUAUACAGAGCAUUAUAUUCGGCAAUGCCAUGAAUGAAAGAAACAAAUAUUGUACAGUGUACAGGAUAUGUAGGAGGCGUACAUGUGCGGUACCUGGCAUCACGCAGUAUGCGAGCUCAUCAAGCUGCGAAAUCAUAUGGGCUGGCCGGACUGUUACUGUUCUGGAGGUCUCGGAUGGACCCACAGGCAUCCUUGUGCCGGCAACCGCGUUAGGCGCCUGGAAGUAUCCCAGCUACGCAUCUAUACCGCCAUAUGAGGCUCUUUCUUAUGUCUGGGGCUCGGGGUUGGCGCAGACGCCCAUAUAUAUCAAUGACCGUCCGAUUGUCAUAAAGCCAAACCUGGACGCUGCGCUCCAGAGUCUCCGACUGCCGACGCAAGCUAGGCUGCUUUGGGUGGAUGCUCUGUGCAUUGACCAGUCAAAUGCCGAUGAGCGGUCAAGGCAAGUAGGGUAUAUGCGACUGGUAUACAAGCAUGCUACGCGAGUUAUUGUAUGGCUUGGGAGCUGGACAUCAGGGGCAGAAAUGGCCUUUGAGCUUGCGGAGAGACUCGCGCACAUGCGGGAUAGCUGUGGUGCAGAUAAAGACACUUUACAAAAGGCGGUUGUUGGACUGGCUAUUGGAGCGCCCGAGGCGUUUCACCAUCUAGACCAACUAUUUGAUCGCCCGUAUUUUAUCCGAAAUUGGUGCAUACAGGAGGUUGUGGCAAGCAAAUGGGCCAAAGCCAAGUGUGAGGGGCUAGAAAUGAAUUUCUUUGACCUCAUCUCAAUGGCUCCAUAUGUUGCCGUGAAACGGGAUCAGAUACUGGUAGGAAUGCCCUUCGAAUUUUGGAAUAUGAUCUUCCUGCUGCAGCAUCCUUCAAGUGGAUCUCGAGGUGGAGCCGUUGAAGGAUCACUGGGUAAUUUGACAUUGUUGCUUGCAUCAUCUCGAGAUUUUAAAAAAAUGAGUCACGUUACCGAUCCACGGGACAAAGUGUUUUCAAUACUGGGAAUAUCCGAUGAAGGGUUAGAUCCCUCUUUGGCACUCACGCAAAUCAUGUCGACCUCGGGCACCAAUACAGCCCUGUCGCUAUACCGGCGAGCUGCCUCCAGUAUUGCAAGGCACAUUAAUGAUCUUGGUCCUGGUCUCGAUGUUCUGAGGCACAAAGCUCUCCAGCCAAACUACAACAAGGACGUCGUUGAGGUCUACAGAGAUCUCACGAGGUUUUUAAUUAGGAAAUCUCCUCGGGUGCUCUCCGUAUUGGCGCAUGUGCAACACACGGAUGAUCCAGCUCAGAGCUACUACCCAUCUUGGGUCCCGAAAUGGUUUCAACCCCGCCAGUGCAGUGUCCUCGAUGUAGGCUGCUUUCUUGCUGGCUUCUCCGACGGCCAUUUUCGAUAUUUUGCAGAAGUUGAAGAUAUGACUCUCUCAAAAGAACCCAUUCAACCGAACUCUCUUCGACUUCGUGGAUUUCAUGUGGAUUGGGUCAAAUCUGUUAGCGAAGUAUUGGAGUACAGUCUUACAGGUCCAUUUCCAUUUCAAGACUUGUGGAAUCAAAUGUUUAGUUUUCCGCUAAACCAGUCCCCAAUGCCUUUAUAUCAUGACAAGGCCCCGUUGGUGAUGGCAUUUUGUGCCACAUUGCUUGCUACGCCACUGGGAGCAGCCAUGGGGGAUAUUACGGAUGCCGCAGUGUUUCUUUUAUCCAAGAUCCUGGUCGACGAUACCAUUCUAAUAACAUACGGACCUGAGAAACUGAGUCUCCUUGACCGUCUCUGUAGCCUUGUGACAAUGGAGUUAGGUGAGGCCGGAGCCGAUCCAGAACGUUUCGAGCGUGGUGCAAGGUCAGUGUGCUUCCAUCCCCGUUUCUACGUUACAGAAAAGGGUUAUUUAGGUAUUGGCCCUCGGAUGAUGAGUCCUGGCGACGAAGUUUGUGUCCUCUUUGGCGGCAGGGUUCCAUUUAUCUUACGCCGUAUGGCGGAUUAUCAUCUAUUCAUUGGAGAUACACAUAUCAAUGAUGAUGAUGAUGCGAUGUGGGGGAAGAUUACUGAGGGAAUUAAAAACCACAGGAAAUCGAAUAUUCCAUCAUUUCUGUAUGAGAUGGGGUAA